AAAAAUCCUUUAAUCGCUCCUAGUGGCAGCUCUCAGCGCGCAUGCGUGCACACUCACCCAGCAGGUAAACUCCACCAUGGCGGCGAGAGGCCAUGUGCAAGACCCCAACGACCGGAGACUCAGACCGAUAUACGAUUACCUUGAUAAUGGCAACAAUAAAAUGGCAAUACAGCAGGCAGAUAAACUGCUGAAGAAACAUAAGGACCUGCACUGUGCCAAGGUCCUAAAGGCCAUCGGCCUUCAGAGGACCGGAAAGCAGGAUGAAGCUUUCACUUUGGCCCAGGAAGUCGCCACUCUAGAGCCCACGGAUGACAACUCGCUACAAGCUCUGACUAUACUUUACAGAGAGAUGCAUCGCCCGGAGUUGGUCACCAAGCUGUACGAAGCUGCGGUGAAGAAGGUUCCUCUCAGCGAGGAGUACCACUCUCACCUCUUCAUGGCGUACGCUCGCGUGGGCGAGUACAAGAAGAUGCAGCAGGCAGGAAUGGCCUUGUAUAAAAUCGUCCCCAAGAAUCCGUAUUACUUCUGGUCCGUCAUGAGUCUGGUGAUGCAGGCCAUCUCAGCACAAGAUGAAAGACUGGCCCAAACCAUGUUCCUGCCCCUGGCUGAACGCAUGGUGGAGAAAAUGGUCAAGGAGGAGAAGAUUGAGGCAGAAGCUGAGGUGCAGCUGUAUUUUAUGAUCCUGGAGCGCCUGGGAAAGUGUGUGGAGGCUCUCGAAGUGAUCAGGGGUCCACUUGGAGAGAAGCUGACCAGUGAGCUGCAGAGCAGAGAAAACAAGUGUAUGAUGCUCUACCAGAGACUACAACGCUGGCCGGAGUGUAACGCUCUGGCCCACAAGCUGCUUCUCAAAAAUCCUGAUGAUUGGCAGUUCUAUCCCUCCUACUUCGACUCGCUCUUCCACCUCAUCGAUCAGUCGUGGAGCCCGCCAGAGGAAGGCGACCACUGUUCGGAGGGUUCGGUACAUCACACUGUGGGUGAAGUGGUGAGGUUUGUGGAAGAGAGAAUCAAAGGGGAGGACGGCAAGGAUUCUCGUUCACUCAGAGGACCCUAUUUAGCUCGGCUUGAAUUAAUCCACAGACUGAGAGAACGGGGCUGUCCUGAGGAAAAACUGCUAGGUGAGCCUUUAGAGCUAAUGGUGCAGUUCUUUGCAAAGUUUGGAGACAAACCCUGCUGCAUCACCGACCUAAAAAUAUACCUCCACCUGCUCGCUCCUGAUCAACACGUUCAGUUCAUUAACCGUCUGAGUGAACUGGUUCCACUGGGGGAGCUGGGAGAGGAGCGAUUCGCUUUUCCAGAGGACACCAAAGCGCUACAGAGGCAUUUGUGUGUGUGUCAGCUGAGUCGAGCGCUCGGGCUGCAUCACUCCCUCGACGUGGACGGAAAACUGCGGCUUAUCGCGGAGCUCAAAGCUCACUAUCGCCAUGGACUCAAGUUUGGGAAGAACGCUCUGAAGACGGAGCUGCAGUUCUCGGAUAUGUAUUGUCUCAUGGUAGCUCACGUAUACGUCGACUUAUGGACGGAGACUGGGGAUGAGAACAUGGUGUGGCAGGGUUUGGGCGUCCUCCAGGAGGGUCUGUCUCACAGUCCCUCCAACGCCCAGUUCAAGCUGCUGCUGCUGCUCCUCUACUGUCACCUGGGAGCCUUUGAGCCGGUAGUGGACCUUUACUCCAGCCUGGACGCCAAACAUGUACAGCACGACACCAUAGGCUUUCUGUUAACGCGUUACGCUGAGUCACUGGGUCAGUUUGCUGCAGCCUCCCAGUCCUGUAAUUUCUCCCUCAGGUUUUUCCACUCUAACCAGAAAGAUACCUCAGAGUAUAUCAUCCAGGCGUAUAAGUACGGCGCGUUCGAGAAAAUCCCAGAGUUCAUUGCUCUCAGGAACAGGUUGAACCAAUCGCUGCACUUUGCCCAGGUCCGCACUGAGAGGAUGCUGCUGGACCUGUUCCUCGAGGCCGAUAUUGUGUUGAGUCUGGAGGAGAGUGUCAAGGCCAUGUCUUUGUCUGCAGAGGAGGAUGACAUCCCCUGGGAUAAUAUGAGGGACAACAGAGACCUUACAGUUUUUACCAGCUGGAACCCUAAAGAGAGAGAGCUGACUGACGAGCACCGGCGUCGGUCUCUCGAUGAAGAGGCCGUCUGGCUGAGAAUACGCUCUCUAACUCUGCGCCUCCUCGCCUCUUUGGCCGGGUUGGGACACACACCCUCGCAACAAAACUCUGUGAUGGCCAACGAGAACGGGAUCGGAGACAAGACCUCGAUCCUCAGCAGCCUGCUCUCGCAGCUCAACCAGACUCUCCAAACCGCCGUGCAGAUAGCAGAAAAACGCGUACAGUAUCCAUUCUUGGGACCACCCUCCACCCGCCUGGCCCCAGCUCUGUCCAGCGGGAGCUGUCAGUGCCAGGCCGCAGCCCUCCAGCUGUCUGUCCACCUACAGGAGCUGGAGACCGUCGGACUCGACGAGUCGUCGGAGCUUCAAACCCAGAUCUGUAACGGUUUCAAAUCAUUAGUAGUUCAGCUUCAAGAAAUACUGAAUAAAUGCAAAGGGGAUUUAUUGGAAAUGAAAGAGGGCAAAUUAAAAACCUGGCCCUCCCUUUUAGAAAACCUAAUCUUCUUUGUUGAGACGGUGUGCAUAGUCUUGUGGAUGGCUAGUCACUGUGCCAAGAUCCUCCGACCACUCAAGACUAGUCUACAGAAGAAAAAGAAGAAGAAAAAGGAUACAAACACAGCCCUGCCAGCGGUGGUUUGUGGGUUCCAGGAGCUGACGGGGGGCUUGCAGGACCUGCUCACCCAGGCUUUGGAGCACAUAAAGGGGCAGGAGACUGGCGUGACAGCCCUUAAACUGGCCAGUUUAAGCUUGGAAGGAUACCCACAGGAUGAAGCUUCGUUUAUGAAGUCUGCAAUGGACAAGGUGCAGAGCAGUUACCUGCGCUCACUACAGGAGGUGGGAGAUCUGCUCAAGAAGAGAGCAGAAACUAUAAAGAACCUCAAGAUCUGAACACCAUCACACGCCCCAAAUAAAGACGACUAUACCCCCCACCCCACCCACACACCCAUCAGCCCCCCCACGCCCCCAAACGCCACCGUCUGUCAGCCCACCAGCUAACCCACGAGUCCCCACUGUCCCCCGCUGCUCCGACAAACCCCCGCCCCGUUACUGACCUCCUCCCUUCCUCCUGCGUCUUUCUCGCCCAGCGUUUGUGAGCUCUCAAGUCUGGAAUUUUUUUUUUUUUACUUUUCUUUUUCACUUUUCAAAACACACCUCUGGGACAUUUGCAACUCUUCUAAUAAUAAUAGCACACAAGCUUGUAAAGUAAAACUCAUGAAUUUAUACAGCAGCUAUAAGUGGAAACGAGGAGAGAGGAAAAAAAACAAACAAAUGCUCAUUUAAAUAUAAAAUUAGGUAAAUAAGCAGUUUUAGAUGAAUCUAAUAAAUUAUUGUAUAUAGUAAAGAGCAACUACCACAACAAUAUAAGACAAUAAACCACUAUUCUGUUCAGUUACGUUUCCUCUUUAUUCCUCAGUUUGUUUUUCUGGUCAACACACACACACACACACACACACACUGGGACUGUUAACACUAAGGAGGAAAGCUCUUUCAAUGUGCUGCUUUUCCAGCUGUUUCUCUCCGUCGAGAGAGAAAUGGGCACAACCUUUUUGCAUUGAACUGACGCACUCUGUGGAAACAUGGACACCUGCAGACUGAAGUUUCUCCUUCAUUCUCACAGUCUUCUCCUCUUUUCUUUUUUCUUUUGCUUUGUGUAUCUUGUGUGUCGCUUUGGUACUGAGAGUGGACCCACCACCUGUAGUUGCAGUAUUAUAAAGAGCAGCGGUGGGAUGAGUUUAAUAACCAGGACUCUUCUUCUUUCUUUUUUUUUUUUUUUAAAUAUGAAUUAUCUGCCGCUAUUCUUUCUUUUCUUUACUUUUUCUUUUUUUUUUUAAUUACUAGUAGAAGUGGUGCUUGUAAACAUGUCUAUUAAUGUGGAAUUGGGUUGUUCCAGCACACGUAUAUAAAAAAAAUUAAGAAAUCAGGCAUGGAUCAAAUAAUCAGAAUCCUUUAAGGCUGAACUGAUUCUAAUAUUUAAGUGCGAAUAUCUUAAAAUGGAUGUUCACCAAAGCCAACUCCAGUCACCCACGAUGCUUCUGGCACUGCAGGCGCGGAAAGACUUUCUAGCAGCCUUAAAGUCAUAACUUUUUCAUGGAUAAUCAUGUCUGUAGGUGGCGAAAUGACACAUUACAGGAGCUAGAACGCGUCUUCUGGUUCAAUCUAGAGCAGAACAUCGAGAGGAUUUUGUUUACUUUGACCCAGAUCUGAUUGUACAGGCAGUUAUUUUCAGCCAAGAAGCAGCUCUGUAGAAUAUAUUCAUGGUCUGGGGGUGGCGAACCCAGACAGGUUUGUGUUACACAGACAAACAUUGGACCUAAUUGUAAAUAAAAUAAAAAAGUUGAGGCAGCCUUUACAAAAGUACGGUGUGAACGGACAUUAGUGUGUUUUUAAAAAGCAGCUGCAGUAGAUAUUAGGAGAUUUGUCCUUUUGUUCAUGUUUUUGUCAUUCCCGCUUUAUCUACCCCCCCCUCCAAAGCCCCCAGAAACGUCUAAUGAACCAAAACAA